CCGUUGCUGCUGCUUCUGCUGCGUAUGCGUGGCUCUCUGUCCUUUCCUAUGCUUGACCGCCCCUCGGAUUCCCUUGCCGUCUUGCUUGUUUCUGGUUUCUGGUCUCGACAUCCUCCCCCUUCCUCAACAAAUCCCACACCUCGUCCCUCUUCAACUUCUCUUUCCACCCUCAAACAAACCUCCAAGUUUCACCUCUAGAUUCACACAAGACACAAUGGCAGCUCAGAUCCCCCCCGGCGGUACCUACCUCGACACCUUCAAGAAGUCCUUCGUUGACGUUCCCGUCGAUGCCGAGAAGGACAAUGCCAUCGCCACCACCGACUUCCUCGAUGCCGCCGAGUCUCUGACCACCAUCUUUGAUGCCCUUGGAGGCGUUGCUUUCGGUCCCGUCAAGAGCGAUAUGGGCGGCAACAUCAAGAAAAUCCGUGAGCGCCAGCUGGCUGCGCCCGCCGAGUCCGCCACCCUCCAGGACCUCGUCAAGAACGAGCUGGCCACCAAGAAGCACGUUGCCACCGAGGGUCUCGUCUGGUUGAACCGUGGUCUCGAGUUCACCUGCAUUGCCCUGAGCCAGAAUGUCGCCAAGGACUCUGAGGAGCUCGCGGACUCCUUCCGCGCCGCCUACUCGACCACCCUCAAGCCCCACCACAGCUUCCUCGUGAAGCCCAUUUUCAGCGCCGCCAUGAGCGCCUGCCCCUACCGCAAGGACUUCUACGCCAAGCUGGGCUCCGACCCAAAAAAGGUCACUGACGAGCUCCGCGUCUACCUCGCCGCUCUCGACAAGAUCGUCGGCAUCCUCAAGGGUUUCCUCUCCAGCAAGGACGCCAAGUAUUAAGCCUCAUCAACCCCCCGUGCCGGUGGAGACGGAAAAGAAAACAGACGGAGAAAAAUAAGAAGGAACAAUGACGAUAUGAUUGAAGAAAGCCACAUGGCCCUGCCCAUCCAUGACAGCUGCGGUGCGAGGACAUUGUCAGCCACGAGCCAGUUCACGCAGCCUAGAAAUGAACCAUCACCUCCAAGUUCAGAUAAAGCUCUUGG